AUGCCAGUCAAAGUCCCCAAGCAAGUCCGCUUCGCCUACAAGAAUAUCCUAUACUCUCCACCAGCAGCCUUACCAGCUCUGUCCCACUCAGUUUCGACCAACCAGUCCUCUUUGGGACCGAUUACACCCCCUUCGACGGCCCCGCCGCUCCCCCGUGCCUCCUCGUACCAUGGUUCGAAGACUCCGAGCCACAACCCCCACUACUACGCGCCUCAGGUGCCUUCUUACGCGCCACAGAAGGCCCCCAGCCCGUCGAGACACUCUGCAACUGUCCGCCCUCACCACUACCUCGAGAACGCGGCCGUCGUUUGGGACUUGAUAGAUUCGCCGGCCUCCAUCACCCGUCACCAUCAUCUCGUCUCUAGCAGCGCCUUGCGCGAGCCAGCGACCUCUCCAGCGCUCUCGGCGCUCUACAUCACCUCGCCCUAUCUCCCCUGGACCAUCAAGGUGUACCCGUCGAACGGCCGCUACGUCACGGUCGGCGAUGUCUUCGACUACAUCUAUCGUUCGCUCCGCAUGAACAUCACCUCGAACGAGUGGAACUCCUUCCCGACGGAGCACGAUCAGCGCCGCGCGACACGCGCGUACGAGCACCGGUACAGACGCCUCCGCAGCACGAGGGAGUACGAGGAGGAGAAGCGGUCGGGCAUGAAGCGCGUCGAUUUCCUCAUGGGCCGCACCCGCUUCGUCGGAAUUUCCCCCAGCUCCCGCCGCCCCGACGAGUGGCACCUGAGUGUCACAUAG